CAGAGAGGUUCUCUGCUCCGUCACAGACCAACAGCUGGUCUAUGGACAUGAGAAUCCUCCUCCUCAUCCACCGACUGCACGGACACCUGCCUGCCCGCCUGCCUCUCUCCUCUCUCGGCUCUCUGUGGCUCGGAACAUCGGACCUUCUUACUGGGACUCUCGGUUCUACUCGACGCUCAGAACGCAGUGCAGGGCGGCUGCAGAGCGGAGGGGGGGUCGGAUGGACGGAUCUCGUGUCUCACCUUGGGAGGAGAGAUCAGCCCACAAUGCCUGACCUCUGACCCCUGACCUCUGACCCGUCACUUCUGAUGCCUGACUACUGAGAGACAACUCAGAGGAGGAGUGACCAGCAGGCGGGAAUGGAGGAAGACGGAGAGGACCAGAGUCGAGGAGAAGAGGCUAAAACCUCCUCUACAGUGGGGUCAUCUCCAGCUGGAGGAGGAAGCGGUGACUGCAGACAAAAUGGCCUCAUUAACACCCACAGGCUGGGGGCGGAGCCACGAGAGAAUCUGGUGUCUGUGUACUCAGCUCCUCAGUACCAGGGUCAUGUGGUGGUGAGUGCCCCCCCUCAACAGGAGCAUAGCGUUGCUCCUCCUCAGCUCCUGAAUCCUAGUGCCCUCCUCCAUCACCAGGUGGUGGUGGACCCCAAUCUCAGGCCAACCCCAGCCUUCCUCCCCUGUCUAGAUGGUAUCCUGCAGGCAUGGGAGGAGGCAGGGGGAGGUGACUGCUGCGAGACCACCUUCAUUGAGGUGCUUGUUCCUGAUGCCUCCUCGUCCUCCGCCGCCACCACAAAGGAGGAGACGCUGUUCACUGAGGGAAGGUUUUUUGAUUUUCCUGGAGAUAACACCAAGAUUCACACGUCGUACGAUAUAGAUGACGAUGAGUUCCAGGAGCUGGAGAGUGAUUACUCCAGCGAAUCAGAGAGUGAGGACACCUUCCUGUUAAUGCCUCCCAGAGAUCACUUUAGUCUCAGCGUCUUCUCUAUGCUCUGCUGCUUCUGGCCACUGGGCAUCGCAGCGUUCUACCUGUCGCACGAGACCAAUAAGUCUGUUUCUAAAGGAGAAUUCCAUCUCGCCAGCUCUAGCUCGAGGCGGGCUCUCUUCCUUGCUGUACUGUCAAUCACUAUUGGGACGGGUAUCUACGUGGGUGUGGGCGUGGCACUCAUCGCCUACCUUUCCAAGAACCACCACUGGUAGCGAUGGAAACUAGGCCCUGUUCUCAACCUAGACUCUGGUCUCAGGUGAAUGUUUCCUUAGCAGGCCGGCCCCGGAGGAUGAAACGCUCUGACUGUUCGACUGGUGUUGCUGGAGCUAUUAAGGAUUCAAACCCAAAAGCUUUGAACUAAUCAGAUCCCAGGAUCUGUGUGAAGAACCGUGGGAGUUUGGAACCAGGUGGAAUAAAAAAAGCCUUAGCUCCUGUUUUUCUGUGUGUUUCCAGUGUUUAUUUGUCCUUCUGGAUCCCUGAGACUGGAUUACUUGAUCUUGAUAGAUCCUUUCUUGUUAAACUGUUGACUUUCGUCUGAUAAAAUAAAAACUGUAAACUUUUUUUUCUCAGUCAAUGUAUUUUUUCUUCUUGUUUUCCAAAUCAUCUCAACAAUAAAACAAAAAGAAGUUAACAAGAACAAUCUGAUUAAAUAUCUAAUAAAGUGACUGCAAUAUCCCUAACCCUAACCCCACCCACCUAGGUUACCCCAUGUUACAGGGAGAUGGAAACAAACACUGCUCUGCAGGGAGUCACAUGAUAUAACAGGUGUCAUGUUUACAUGUUGGAGCUUGGGCAGGAAGCUGAGCAAGACACUGUUUAACAAUAAUCAUUUUACUUGAAAAGGGGUUAGGGGGUUAGGGGUUAUGGUAGGGGAACUGAGCCCGUCUCCUAUAAAAGGUGGCAGGAGGUGCUCUGUUCUUCCCCCAGGAUGAUGCUCCCUGGUCCCAGUUAUGCUGACGACCUUGUCGCCUCCUGUAUCGUACAGUGGUCCAUUCCCCUCCGUCUUCAUCGAAGUAACCCAUUUGGGGUACUGUGUGAUUGUGUUUGUAAAUAUUUAUUUUACUUAUAGUUUGUGUGAAUGAAUCACAGGUU